AUGUCCCCCACUUCCGACCCCACCCCGAUGAAGGCAGAUGCCAAGGGUGAAACCGAGCAUUACGAGAUGGAGGAACCCUCUCUUGCACCUGAACUCACAGACUUGCAAAAGGAGAUAGUCAUCGUUGCAGCUCUCUCUGAGGAAGAGUAUUCUCUUGCCGAGAAGAAGCUCGUUCGCAAGAUUGACCUGAGGCUCUUGCCCACCUUGUUCAUCCUGCUCGUGCUCAACUACUUGGAUCGGAAUGCGCUUGCCUCGGCGCGUGUGCAAGGUCUCGAGACCGAUCUCGGACUCGUGGGAACCCAAUUCAACACCGCCAUCUCCAUCCUGUUUGUCGGCUACAUCCUUGGUCAGAUCCCUUCCAAUCUGAUUUUGUCCAGAGUCCGGCCGAGUCUCUACCUCUCUGGGUUUGUCGCGCUCUGGGGAGCGGUCAGCAUGGCUACGGCUCUGGCGGAUAAUUAUACCCAUUUGCUCGUCAUCCGAUUCUUCCUCGGUGUGACGGAAUCGCCCUACUUCCCGGGAGCCCUGUUCUUGCUAUCAUCGUGGUAUCCCAAAAAGGAAUUGGCUUUCCGCACUUCAGUCCUUUACACCGGAUCCCUGCUCUCUGGCGCCUUUUCUGGACUGAUCAGUGCAGGAGUCCAAAAGGGAAUGGACGGUCUUGCUGGUCUCGCCUCUUGGAAGUGGCUUUUCAUCCUAGAAGGUGGAAUCACCAUCCUCGCCGCUUUCAUCUCCAUGUUCAUCCUGCCAGACUACCCCGCCACCACACGAUGGCUCUCGCUGAGGGAAAAGGCCAUCUCCGUUUACCGACUCGAAAAGGACACCGGGGUCCGGGAUGAGGAGACCAUGUCCUUGUUCCAGAGCUUCCGUGCAGCCGCGACCGACUACAAGCUCUACCUGUUGGCCCUCAUCAUCGUGACCAAGACCACUGCGGGAGCGGUGACGCAAUUCAUCCCCACCGUCGUAGCGACCUUUGGCAUGUCCAAAGUUAACACGUUAUUGCUCACCGCUCCGCCUUAUCUGCUCGCCGCGGUGCUCGCCCUCGUCAUCUCCUAUACUUCGGAUCGAAAGCCGGAAAGGUGUUUCCAUCUGUUGACGCCGAUCCUCUUUGGUAUGGUCGGGUUCAUCAUCGCCGUCACGACGACUACGACCGCUCCUCGGUACUUUUCGCUGUUCUUGAUGGUAGGAGGCAUGUUCGGCUCCUAUAACGUGGCGCUGGCGUGGAUCAGUUCCACUUUCGCCCGGCCUCGAGCCAAGCGAGCUGCCGCCUACGCCAUCAUCAAUUCGCUCGGUAACAUCGCCCAAGUAUGGUCGCCUUAUCUGUACGACAAGAAGUAUUCCCCCCGGUACAGGGUCGCCUUUGCCACCAACACCGUCAUGGCGGCAGCUGCGGUCCUCUUCUGUCUGGUCUUGCGGUUCUGUCUCGCUCGGGAGAACAAGAAGAUGGAGGAACGCGAGAUUGCGGACCGUGAGGGUGCCGAGACCAAGAGGAUCCGUUACGUCCUGUAA